AUGACUCUCGUUAAUGAAGAUAUGAAUAAUAUCCUGGAAUACCUGUCCAGAAAUGACCAGGAUUACGACGGAAUAAAUUCUAAAAGUGAAAAAAUGGACAGCUUCCAAACGGGAAAUCUAUUGUCUGAUUCCUGGCAGGCGUCAGAUGAUAUUCUGGAGAAUAUAUUUUCUCUGGAGCAAGGUUCUUUAAAUUUCUUAGACGAGACUCUGCCAGAUUUUAAUUUGGCCACAGACAAUGCAUCUCCACCGGGACUCAGUAGCUCAUGCUCCGACAGUGGAUUGUCAAGCGACCCGGCAGAAUUCGAUUUCGAGCAACAAUUAUCACCUUUCCUCAUCCAAAAUUCUUGUGAUGAAGAAUUGCCAGCACCUGUUCUGGAACCCAUGAGUCCGGGUAACGCGCAAGAUGUCAUUAUACAGGAUUCAAAUGACACGUCGAACAGCUCUACAGAACAGGACACAUUCGAUAUGCUAGAUUUCGAACAGAAUGUUGUGCCUGGCUUCCUUAAUAACAAUACAUUCCAAAGUCCUGGUAAAGGCAGAAAGCGUCGUCUUUCGCAAACACCACCGGUCGUUCAACCUAAAGUUCAAAAACCUAUAAGGUUGCCAGCUUCCGCUAUGCAAAAACCUCAAUUGGUAGUGAAGGCGCAACCUCAGAAGCACCUUAAAGUGACGAAUAUACAAGUAAUCAACCCCCAGACAAAAGUUUACUCAAAACCGGUAGAAACAGUUGCGCCACAACGAAGAGUUAUCAGAGUUGCACCAAUGGCUGGCAACCCUAGAUCAAUAUUACUACCUGUAACGAUAAAAGACAUGAAAGAUUUGAAAUCCAUCAAAAUAAUAAAUGCGGCGGAUUUGAAAAAUGCUUCCAAUAUCAAAAUCACGGCAGCUAAUAUCCUAUCGCAAAGUAAACUGCAAGAUCUCAAAAUCGAAGCCCGAAACGACGAUUACGAACAAAAUAACCAUUGUGAUGACUCAGGUAGCGACCGUAGUGACGACGAUGACGAUCAUAAGGAAACACAAAUUAACGACGGCAGGAACGGCUAUCCCCGUCUCGUUCUAACUGCAGAAGAAAGGCGGCUGUUAGCAAAGGAAGGAAUAUCAUUGCCAACCAGCUAUCCACUAACCAAACACGAAGAGAGGGAACUAAAGAGGAUCCGACGCAAGAUUAGAAAUAAAAUCUCUGCUCAGGAUUCGCGUAAAAGGAAGAAGGAGUAUGUUGAUGGGUUGGAAGAUAGGGUUAAACAGUGUACCGCAGAAAACCAAACUCUCAUACGGAGGAUAAAGAUUCUGCAAUCACAGAACCAGACGCUUACCCAACAAUUAAAGAGAUUACAGACCGUUCUGACGGGCGUGACGUCGGGGUCGGGGUCGGGGCCGGGCGGCAAGGCGCAGCCCGCCACGUGCCUGCUGGUGCUGCUGCUGUCGGUGGCGCUGGUGGCGCUGCCCUCCCUGCGCGACGACGUGCGCGCGCCCGCCGGGGCCCCCGCGCGCGCCGGGGCCCCCGCCCCCGCCCCCGCCGGGGCCCCCCCUCCGCCGUCACCAGGGCGCUGCUCUCCGCUACCAAUAGUGAGUGUUCUGGUACCUGGACUGCUUCGGCGGCUUCUAGUGGCUGGCAUGUACGGU